CUGUGCAUUAUAAGAAUCCGUAAAGGCGCCUUUUCCUGUUCUAAAAACAUUCGGUCUAGGGGCAGAGUAGCGUUUUAUUUUAGUGAGCAGCCGCGUUAGUGUUAAACAGGUUAAACAAUGGUAGACAAGAUGGAUAUGUCGUUGGACGACAUCAUUAAGCAGAAUAAGCAGCAGAGAGGAGGAGGAAGCGCGGGCGGCCGCGGUGGAAGAGGAGGCCGAGGCCGUGGCGGCGGUGGCCGAGGGCUUGGAGGCACCGGGCGGCUGGGCGCUAACGCGGGCGGAAGCUUUGGAGGCCGCGGCGGAGGCUCAGGUCCCAUGAGGAAUCGUCAGAACCUGAACCGUGGCAGAAGCAGACCCACGCCGUACAGCAGGCCCAAGCAGCUCCCUGACAAGUGGCAGCAUGACCUGUUUGACAAUGGCUACAGCACCAAUUCUGGAGGUGGUGGCGGCGGCGGCGGUGGAGGAGCAGGCGUGGAAACCGGAGGAAAGCUGCUAGUAUCCAAUCUUGACUUUGGUGUCUCUGAUGCAGACAUUCAGGAACUUUUCGCGGAAUUUGGAACCUUGAAGAAGGCUGCAGUCCAUUAUGACCGGUCAGGGCGCAGUCUUGGCACAGCAGAUGUCCAUUUUGAGAGAAAAGCAGAUGCUUUAAAAGCCAUGAAACAAUACAACGGCGUUCCUCUUGAUGAUUCAGCCUUUGUUGAUUUUGUUUCAGGUCGUCCAAUGAAUAUUCAGCUAGUCACGUCACAGAUUGAUGCACAGAGACGAGCUCCGAUGCAGGGUCUGAAUCGUGGUGGAGGAGGAGGAGGCAUAAACAGGAACAAGAUGGGAGGCUUUGGGGGCAUGCAGAGAGGACGGGGAGGUCGGGGAGGCGGAGGCCUCAGAGGCCGUGGCAGAGGGGGAAGAGGCAAUAACAAACAGCAGCUCUCAGCAGAAGAAUUAGAUGCCCAGCUAGAUGCCUACAAUGCCAGGAUGGACACCAGCUAAACUGACCAGUCUGUUCGGGCUGCAGCUUUCUCUCUUGGCAUCGCUCUGGGGUGGUGGUUGUUACUGCUUUGAAAUGCCAGCUAUUUUACAUUUACAUGUCUUCACAAGUGAUUUAAAUUUGUGUACCAGUUUUCUCCUUUUUAAAUGCUCCUUUUUUUUCUUUUUUUUUUACCUACCAUUUGGUUUUUAUUUCUCUUUUUGAAAACCUAGUCUUGACUGACUGUAGGAUUCAAGUGUGGAGGUGCUUGUCUUUACCUUCCCUUUAUAGAUCAUUGUAAUAAAACCUGCAGUACAUAGUAUCAAAUGACUCUGCUUCCUUUUGUAUACAAGCAAUUAGCGUAAAAUUUCAGUGUACAGAUAUUAGCUGGUUUGUAAAGCCAAUGGCAACUACUUAAUUCUGUUUCAGUGCUGUUAAUACUGCUUAUUUCUGUUUAACAUUUUGGGUGAACUCUCAAGACGGAUUAUUUUGCACUUCAAUUGGUGUGCCCCAGUAUCUAUUUUAUUUUUUUCUUUAGCCCUCCAUACUGUAUGUUCAUCACAUUAAAUAUUUGUACAUAACGACCGUGUUCUGAAUGAAGUGUCAUGAUUUGAUUAAAACACCUUUCAGAGUCUCA